AAUGUGGAGUGUGAGUGAUUUCCCAAACUUGAGCAAUACCUGUACGAUGAUGAAACGAAUCAAACCAACUUUCCCCAUAUCUUUUGCCCCUUUACAAUGGAGCUCGAGACAGGUGUCAGCCGUCUCAGAGAAGGAGGGGUGGAAGAUAGCUCUGAUUUGUCCUUCAUCCUCCCAUAUUCAAAGGCUGAUGUUUGUUAUGCAUAUCAAAUCUUGAUAAAAGGUGGACUUAAAGAGGAGAAUGUCAUUGUUUUCAUGUAUGAUGACAUUGCUUUCAAUAAAAAAAAUCCAAGGCCUGGAGUUAUCAUCAAUAACCCACAUGGUGAUCAUGUUUAUAAAGGAGUUCUAAAGGAUGACAUUGAUUUUGCUGACUUUGGGAACUUUGAAGUUCACAAUUUGCGGACCGUGACUUUGCAACAGCAAUAUGAAAGGGCAUUAGCAGCAGCCACAAAAACUGUUAAUUGUCUCAAGAUUGUUCACAGCAUUCGUGCCCACUUCCUUCUCGGUGGGGAUGUUGAUAGAGCAGAAAGGUCUGCUAUCCAGCAGGUGAUCUUUGAAGUGCUGGAAAAGGGUCUUAACACAUCCAGAUGCAUGAAAAGUAGCCCUCAAAACUUUCACUUCUCAACAAGGAGGGUAGAUGCAAUACAGAAAGGGAAUGUUGUAUUUACUUUAGUUGCUUCACUUCAGGAUCCAGAAAAGCUUCUGUCAAUGGAAGAGGUACGUGAAAGGCGGCUCACUGAUCCUCGUCUUCCCAGAACCUAUAGGAACAUUUUAGCUACUGUGGAGUUUGUUCCAUGGCCUAUAGAGAUAAGGUUCUGUGAUCCUAGUACAGGAACCAGCCAGACCAAGAGCCCUCCAAGUUUGAGGUUCUGGUUCAGAGCAAAGGGAAAUCUUUCUGAUGAUCAAGCUUUGCACCGAUGUGUUGUGGCAUAUGCGUCGGAUCUUAUCUUUUCUUCUGUAAGUAAUAAUCCUCAUCGCAAGGCAGGGCUGAAGAUUGCGACUCUUAGUCUCGAUCACUCGCCAAUCCGGGCUGACGACUGGAUACUGUUUGUGAUUGGGAGUCCAUCUGCACAUAACGCUCGCGGUUUUGUUUCUGGGCAAAUGUUUGACCGGAACGGAACGCUUGUGGUGUCACUCACCCAAGAGGCGUUGCAGCGAGCCGUCCUGCCUACACGAAAGCCGAUCGGGCAGUCAAAACUCUAACUCAUAUCAAUGAAGUCUUUGGUCUUGU